AUGGCCAUAAAAGCAUGUACUAUAUUACAAGAUUAUAAACGUGGUAUUAACAUUCAAAAAAAACUUUCAACAAAUUCACUCAAUAAUCCUUAUAUUCAAAUAUCAUUAAUUCGUUUCUAUAUGCAAUGUCAUGAUAUCGAUAAUGCUAAUCGUAUAUUUUCUACAAUUACAAAUAAAUCCAAUCAUAUAUAUACAGUUAUGUUCAAAGGUCUCGUUUCUAAUAGUAUGUCAGAAAAAGUAUUUGAUUUAUUUGAUGAAAUGAAAAUUAAACCAGAUACUAUUACACUUAUUACUCUAUUUCAUGCAUGUACAAAAUUUGCUAAUGAUCGUGCAAUGAAAAUUGGAAAAAAACUUAUUGAACAAAUGCCUGAUAAUUAUCGAAAUAAUAAUAUUCUAUUAAAUUCAGCAAUACAUAUGUUUAUGAAAUUUGGUGAUAUUAAAAGUGCUGAAUGUAUUUUUCAAUCAAUCAAGAAGAAAGAUAUUAUUACUUAUGGUGCUAUGAUGAAAGGAUAUGUCAGUAAUGAUAUGUCUGAAAAAGCUUUAGAUUUAUUUGAACAUAUGUAUUUAAAACCAAAUGAUAUUAUUUAUACAAUUAUUUGUAAUGCAUGUGCACAACUUGUUAAUGAUCGAGCAAUAAAGAUUGGGAAAAAAAUUCUUAAUGAAAUAUCAGAAAACUCUCUAAAUGAUAAUGUUCUAUUAACUUCAGCUAUACAUAUGUUAAUGAAAUUUAGUGAUAUUUAUAAUGCUGAACGUAUUUUUCAAUUGAUCAACAACAAAAGUAUUAUUACUUAUAAUACUAUGAUGAAAGGAUAUAUUGGCAAUGAAAUGAUUGAAAAAGCUUUAGAUUUAUUUGAACAGAUACAUUUAAAUUUAGAUAAUGUUACUUAUACAAUUAUUUUUAAUGCAUGUGCACAACUUGCCAAUGAUCGUGGAAUAAAAAUUGGAAAAAAACUUCUUAAUCAAAUACCAGAUAAUUAUCGAAAUGAUAAUGUUGUAUUAACUUCAAUAAUACAAAUGUUAAUGAAAUUUCAUGAUGUUCAAUAUGCUGAACAUAUUUUUAAUUUAAUUCAAAAUAAAAAUAUUAUUACUUAUAGUACUAUGAUGAAAGGAUAUGUCGACAAUAAUAUGUCUGAAAAAGCUUUAGAUUUAUUUGAACAAAUAAAUUUUAAUUUAGAUAAUAUUACUUAUUCUAUUAUUUUUAAUGCAUGUGCACAACUCGCCAAUGAUCGUGCAAUAAAAAUUGGAAAAAAAUUAUUUAAUCAAAUACCUGAUAAUUAUCGAAAUGAUAAUGUUCUAUUGACUUCAAUAAUACAUAUGUUCAUGAAAUUUCAUGAUGUUCAAUAUGCUGAACAUAUUUUUAAUUUAAUCAAGAAUAAAAGUAUCAUUACUUAUAAUGCUAUGAUAAAAGGAUAUGUCGAAAAUAAAAUGAUUGAAAAAGCUUUAGAUUUAUUUGAACAAAUGCAUUUAAACUUAGAUAAUGUUACUUAUACAAGUAUGUUUAAUGCAUGUGCUGAACUUACUAAUGAUCGAGCAAGAAAGAUUGGAUAUAAACUUCUUAAUCAAAUAUCUGAUAAUUAUCUAAAUGAUAAUAUUCCAUUAAAUUCAGCAAUACAUAUGUUAAUGAAAUUUGGUGAUAUUCAAAGUGCUGAACAUUUUUUCAAAUCGAUUAAGAACAAAAGUAUUAUUACUUAUAAUGCUAUGAUGAAAGGAUAUGUCGAUAAUGAUAUGUCGGAAAAAGCUUUAGAUUUAUUUGAACAAAUAGAUUUAAAUUUAGAUAAUAUUACUUAUUCAAUUAUUUUUAAUGCAUGUGCUGAACUUGUUAAUGAUCGUGCAAUGAAAAUUGGAAAAAAACUUCUUGAUCAAAUACCUUCUAAUUAUCAAAAUGAAAAUAUAGUAUUAAAUUCAGCAAUACAUAUGUUAAUGAAAUUUGGUGAUGUUUAUAAUGCUGAAUAUAUUUUUGAAUCAAUGAAAAAGAAAAAUAUAAUUACUUAUGGUACUCUAAUGAAUGGUUAUAAUAUAAAUGAUGAAUCAUUGAAAUGUUUUAAAAUUUUUGAAGAAAUAAAAAAUCAAAAUCUUAUUCCUGAUGAAAUUAUAUGGAAUAUACUUAUUGGUACAUGUUCACGAAUUGGUAUUCUUUCACGAUGUCAAUAUAUUAUUGAUCAAAUUCCUCGAUAUAUUCAAAAUAAAAAACAAAUUCAAAAUUCAUUAAUUGAUAUGUGGGGUAAAUGUGGUUCAAUUGAAAAAGCAGAAAAUGUAUAUAAAUCAGUUUAUGAUCGUGAUUCAGUGACAUAUACAACAAUGAUUAAUGCAUUUGGACUUAAUGGAAUGGGUUCAGAAGCUAUUGAAUUAUAUAGACAAAUGCCAAAUAAUUUACGUAAUGAAAUUUCACAUAUAUGUGUUUUAAAUGCAUGUUCUCAUUCGGGUCUUCUUGAUGAAGCUCGAAUAAUAUUCAAUGAAAUUCCUAUGAAAACAGAACAAAUCAUUACUAUUAUGAUUGAUUGUCUAAGUCGAUUGUUUUUAUUUGAUGAAGCACAAAAGUUAAUUGAUGAAUAUGAAAAGACAAAUUCACCAAAUUUUGUUAUGUAUAUGGCUUUAUUAUCUAGUGCACGUAAUAAUCGUAAUCAUAUAUUAUCUGAAAAAAUAUAUAAUCGAAUGAAAUAUUUAUUUUCUAAUCAAAAACAAGUACUUCAAUCCGGUGCAAUUCUUCUUUCAAAUAUAUAUUCAUCUUUUGGUGAAUAUCAAUAUGCAAAAGAAUUUCGAUUUAAUCAAAUAAAACAAUUUGGAAUGAAAACUAAAAUUGGAUUAUCAUGGACUGAAGUUAAUGAUGAAUUAGUGCAAUUUAAAGCACAUGAUCAUUCUCAUCCAAGAUCAUUAGAAAUCUAUGCUGAACUCAAUCGAUUAGCAUCUGAAUUAAUUGAACAUGGUCAUAUAUUUGAUUCUUCUUGUAUAACUCGUCAAAUAGAUGAUGAAGAAACAAUUGAAUCUGUUUUGUGUGGUCAUAGUGAAAAAUUAGCAAUUGCUUUCAAUUUCAUUCAAAGACCUGUUCCAACAAUUAUUCAAAUUACUAAGAACUUACGUAUCUGUGGUGAUUGUCAUCAAGCUAUAAAACUUCUAGCAAAAAUUCGACAAUGCACAAUAAUUAUUCGGGAUAGUAAUCGUAUUCAUCAUUUCCAUUCAAAUGGAAAAUGUUCAUGUCAAGGACAUUUUUAA